UCUACCUUUAUAAGUAAUUAAAACAGCUAGAGGCCGGGCAUAAAAACGAGAUUUGGUGUAACCUAAACACCCAUACAUUGAAUUCGCGGUCAGCUUAAGAGCUUGCUGCUGAAUAUCCCAUUGUAGUAAUUGAGUUGGUGUAGCCGAUUUGUCUUUUAACAGGCCUUUUAUUAGUCUACGACGAUCAACCAAGUUAGCGAUUAGACGAGGAAAAAUUCCCUGCUCGCUUGAAGCAGUAGGAACAUUAGGGAUAUGGUCUUCGCCAUCUUUAGUAGAAGAAGAACGUUGGACAGUAGUAAAGCAAAUAUUGUACUCCUGAAUAAUACUAGGGUACAAACUAUUAAAAUCCAUAACUAAUAUACAAGUAUCAUAUAAUCCUUUCUGAGGUUCAAAAACCAAACCACCUUUGUACUUAUCUUUUUUCUUUCCAGGCGUUUCUUCUUGAAAUUCCGAAUCUUCCAAAUCAAGGAUAUCAACGUUCCGUUUGGUAUUAUACUGUUUAUCCGGAACAAUAUAACCAUUUUUCUUAAAUUCAUGCAAAAGAAUGAAUUCGUUUCUUUCAGCUCUAGUACCGGCUAAUGUCCUAGCCCACGAGUUACCGGCGAUAUUAGUCAGGUUCUUUGACAGUUGCAACAUCUGUACCUGGAAACCAACAGCAGCGAUAAAAUAAGUAUCAAUUUCACAAUGCGUAACAUAAUCGAGCAAUCCACGAGCCGUAUCGGUCCAAGACUGCAAAGCCUUUUCUUGAUUGAUAUCCUGUCUUCUUAUGUUAAGUUCUUUUUGAACAAUUUCGGACAAGCUCCAAGAUUGGACUUUUAUCAUAGAUCUUCCAAAGUCAUUUGAAAGAUCACUGAUUAAUCUUCCACAUGCUAUCUGCCUUUCCACAAAUUGUAGACUACUCCUGUUAUAAGAGCGCGGCCAAUCGCCUCGACGAAGACGCCCGAUGCUAUGCCAGUUAUGAAUCUUACGGUCUUUCAACCUUGAGAGUAGCACUGAAUACAUAGUUUCAAAGUCAUGACUAACAUAAACAUCCGGAUCAAAAUCCUGUACCUUACUCAAGAAUGAAUUCAAUAAAGAGAUCUCGGAUCUUUCGCAAUAGAUUGGGGGUUUGUGGUUACGAGCGAGACUUUCGAAACCAUUAGGAAAAAUUUGUUUUAAAGGUCGAAUAAUGGUAAAUGUAAAAGAUGGCAUAUCGUUAGCUGAAAGUCCCCGAUCAAUCUGAACAUUUUCAUAAACUCUAGCACUAAUCAUAACCAUCUCUUGUUUGUUUGACGCGGAAUUUAUAAGAGUGCGGAAAGCGAGACUCAUCACAGUCAAAGGAGGCGUCUGAGGUAGUUUUGACUCGUUUGUCACUGAGAUACCAUGAGCAGAAGGACAGCUGACUUCAACACGACACCAGCUUGCAUUCCGUACAGAAUCAGAGUUUGGGUUUUGAAUGUUUAGCCAACAAGGCCCCAUGACUCUUCUAGUGAGUACGAAUUGUUCGAACAGCGAUGUAUUCGUACCAAACACGUGAGAAAAUGUAGCGCCUUUUAAAUCAGAUGGAAAUUGAGGGUAACUAUAGGAAUAUAGGACUUCCAAAUAAUCGGCUUCCUUUGGGACAUCAUCUAACUCAAAUGCAUAUUUGUAUUUGCUAACUUUCGAUUUCCAUUCCUUCACACCUAAUUUAGAUAGAAAUCCAGCAACUUCAUCAUAUACUUUUUUCUGUUGGUCUGAAGAAGACGAAGAUUGAUCAUUUGAAGCAGUAGGUAAAAAGAACAAAGAACGCAUUAUACCGUCAAUUUUAAGGAAUGUAGAAACGAAGCUUUGGGACUUCUUAUCAUAAACCUUUCCAAAAAGACAGAGACUACCAAAAACUUCUGUAUAGUCCAACCAGAAAAAGUUUAAAGAUCCAUCAUCUUCAACGAUAUCAUUAGGAGAAACACGAUGGCUUUUGUUGACAGCCGGAGGAUUGGGAACUUCGAGAUUGCGUAAUUGGGAGUUAAGCUCUGUAAAAGCUGAGGUGUCCAACUCGGAUGACAAGGGCGGUGCAAAAGAAGAUGGAAGAUUAGGAACAGCUGGAAGGACUGGUUCCUUAAUUGGAUUAUAGGGGGUAGUAGCUGUAAUUUCAUCUGGGACUGAAAGGUCCUCUUCUUCCAUUUGAUUCGAAUCUUCUGGCUUUUCAGGAAGCACUGGUUCCAUUUCGACAUCGUCACUAAAGUUUUCUUUAUCAUCAGCUAGAACUGGAGAACUCGGUACUUCCGCAUCUGCUUCUGGAGCUUGAGGUCGUUGAGUUGGUAAAGAAGGAACAGAAUCAUUUUCGGUUAUAGAUGUUGAAGGCGUUUGUAUAAUAUUCGGGUUUGAAAAAAGGUUUGUAGACGGUUUUUUUGCGUCGGCCAUAGGAGCCUCGGCUUUACCCUUUGAAAGUUUACUUUUAGUAGACGGAGCGCUACUUAUUUCCUGGUCGACCGAGCCCAAAAUUUGAGCCAUGAAAUCAUCAUCGUUAUUAGAUUCAUGCUUUGAACUAUGACUACUUGGCUGAAUAGGCUUGGCUUUAAAGAAUGAACUUAUAGGCUGACUAUUGUUGUCUGCUAAAGCAUGCUUAGUUUCUUAUCAUACGUUAGUACACUCAAUUCGUGAAUUGGAUUAAUAUAGAGGAAAAAAAUUGUCCAUGCUAUAUAAGCACUGGAUUCCGAUACACGGUAACUUACUUUUUUUUCUUGGUUUCUUUGACCCUGUUUCUUCAGUUUCCUCAUCAUCACUAUAACCUCGGUCCCAUUCAUCGUAACCAUUGUCAACAUAACCAGCGCCGUUAUCGUCUACCACAAAGUCAUCUUGAUCCAAACGCUGUCGAACAACCUUCAGGUAUUCUUCUUCCGAAACUUUAUCAUAUAAAUCAUCCUCUUCUUUAUCCUCAUAAACGGUCGCUCUAGUUUUUCCAGCUUCACGUAAGGCACGAAGUUCAGCAAAUUUUGAGGCCGGUUUUACUGCUGCAUUUCUCUUUCGCAUGGUCUUCCCUUUUAGUUUCUAAAUUAUAAAUGCUUUCCAACAAUAAAAAAUUUUGCUAUUUAACGUCUGCCUUGAUUCCUAUUUCUGACUGAUUGAACGCGCCGAGAUACGCUCGUGGAUGUAAACAAUAAGGUCGCGUCUAUAUUGUACCUCGUUAGGGUUCCUAAAGGUAGGUAUAACUGCCAUUUUCGCUAUGUAGGGUAGGGCUUUCGAAAACAGUCACGGUUUGUAUGUAGUACGAAAUCAAAGUUCUGUCAUAUUCCACCUUGCCGACAAUGGUUGCCUCCUCGACCGUCCCUUCUGUAGCCUCUAUUUUUGUACCUGAGUCUCUUCGUAAGAAGACCAAGACUCAGGAGCAAGCUCGUGAACAGCGCGUUGCUGCUGCUGCUGAGAAGAAAAACGCUACUCAAAAGAAGCGUGAACUUAUCGCUAAGCGUGCUGAAGCAUAUGAGGCUGAAUACCGUGCUGCUGAGCGUGAACAAAUAGAUCUCGCUCGUAAGGCCCGUGCCGAGGGCAACUUCUACGUUGCUGAAGAGCCCAAGUUGAUCUUCGUUGUCCGUAUCCGUGGUAUCAACAACAUUCCCCCCAAGGCCCGUAAGAUCAUGCAGCUCUUGCGUCUUUUGCAAAUCAACAAUGGUGUUUUCAUCAAGUUUAACAAGGCCACCAAGGAAAUGCUCCAAGUUGUUGAACCUUAUGUUACCUAUGGUGUUCCCAACCGUAAGGCUGUUCGUGAAUUGAUCUACAAGCGCGGAUUUGGUAAGGUCAACAAGCAACGUAUUGCUCUUUCCGACAACUCCAUUAUUGAAGCCCACUUGGGCAAGUAUUCCAUCUUGUCUAUUGAAGACUUGAUCCAUGAAAUCUACACUGUUGGACCUAACUUUAAGCAAGCUUCCAACUUCAUUUGGCCUUUUAAGCUCUCCUCUCCUUUGGGUGGUUUUAGAGAACGUAAGUUCACUCACUUCAUUGAAGGAGGUGACGCUGGUAAACGUGAUGAACACAUUAACAGCUUAUUGAAGCAAAUGAUUUAAAAUAUUGGUUUUUAAGUUGUUAAUGGGCGCUGCUUCUAUAGGGUUAUUAAAAGAUUGUAAUUUAUAAUAAAAAGGAAUAACCGCUAGGUUAAAGUGGUCAGUAGUUUGUUCAAUUUUUUUGUGCUUUUGUUCUAUAAUUCAUGUUUCAUUCAAAUAGAUAUUUAUAUCAUCUCUGGUAAUGUCAAUUUUCGUG